CUGGCCAGUUGUGUGUGGAUUCGGUCGCGGCUGGUCACGAUGACCGUGACUUUGAAAUAUAUCCUAGUGUGCGUUACUAUAAUCUGUGCAAAUGUCAACGCUGAUAAAUCCACAUAUAAAAUAUGCGUACCAAAGCAGUUUCUGAAAGCUUGCGAGGAGAUGUUGGAGGUCCCCACAAAGAGCAAGGUCUCUCUGGAAUGUGUUCCUGCCAGAGAUAGAGUACAAUGUCUAGGUUUUGUUCAGCAGCGUCAAGCGGACUUAGUGCCAACAGAUCCAGAAGAUAUGUACGUUGCGUCUAAAAUGCCCAACCAAGACUUCGUCGUCUUCCAGGAGUACAGGACUGAUGAGGAACCUGAUGCGGAAUUCAGAUAUGAAGCCGUCAUUGUUGUACACAAAGAUCUUCCGAUUAACAGCUUGGAUGAACUGAAAGGAUUGAAAUCGUGUCACACGGGAGUUAAUAGAAAUGUCGGUUACAAAAUUCCGCUUACGAUGUUAAUGAAGAGAGCAGUGUUCCCCAAGAUGAACGACCACAGCAUCUCACCGAAGGAGAACGAGCUAAAAGCACUAUCAACUUUCUUUACACAAUCCUGCAUUGUCGGACAAUGGUCACCUGAUCCUAAAACUAAUUCAGCUUGGAAGUCACAAUAUAAUCAACUGUGCGCGCUCUGCGAGCAUCCAGAGAAGUGCGAUUACCCCGACGUGUACAGCGGGUACACAGGCGCGCUGCGUUGCCUAGCUCACCAUGGUGGACAAGUCGCCUUUACUAAAGUCAUCUUCGUGCGCAAAUUCUUUGGACUUCCUGUUGGUACCACACCAGCUUCGGAAUCCCCUGAAAACCCUGAUGAGUUCGCGUAUCUAUGCGUGGAUGGAUCUAAAGUACCAAUCAGAGGAAAACCUUGUACCUGGGCAGCCAGACCUUGGCAGGGUUUGAUAGGACAUCAGGAUGUAUUGGCGAAGUUAUCACCUCUGAGAGAGAAGAUAAAACAAUUGGCUGAUGCUGGUACAAGCAGCAAACCUGAUUGGUUCCUCAAUGUAUUGGGACUAUCAGAGAAAAUCCACCACGUUGCCGACAAUAUCCCAAUCAAACCAGCUGACUAUCUUAAAAAGGCGAACUACACGGAAGUUAUUGAACGUGGUCACGGCCCUCCGGAACCCGUAGUCAGACUAUGUGUGACAACAUACUUAGCGUUGGAGAAGUGCCGUUUGAUGUCCGUGUUCGCAUUCAGCAGAGACAUUAGACCUAAAAUUGACUGCGUGCAAGAGGAAUCCGAAGAUGCUUGUCUUAAGAGUGUCCAAGACAACGGGUCCGACCUUGCUGCUGUAGACGACAUGAGAGUGGCUUCCGCGUCUAAGAAUUACAACUUGCAUCCCGUCUUCCACGAAGUAUACGGUGCAGCUAAGACACCCAACUAUGCCGUCGCUGUAGUCAGGAAAGACUCAAGUGUUAAUAAAAUUGAAGACCUGAGAGGAAAACGGUCAUGUCACAACUCUUUCGGUAGCUUCAGUGGUUUAGCUGCUCCGCUAUUCUACCUUAUCAAUAAGAAACUUAUCAACUCUGAUCAGUGCGUAAAGAACUUAGGAGAUUUCUUCUCAGGCGGCUCAUGUUUACCUGGUGUUGACAAACCAGAGAACAAUCCUAGAGGAGAAGACGUAUCAAACAUGAAGAAGCGAUGCUCAGGCGACGGUAGCGCCCUCCAGUGUUUGCAGAAUAACGGAGAUGUUGCAUUCGUUUCCAGUGCGGACUUAUCCAAAUUCGAUGCUUCACAAUACGAGUUGCUUUGCCUGAACCGUGAAUCAGGCGGCAGGGACACUUUUACAAACUUCGCGACAUGUAACGUCGCGAUGGCGCCGUCUCGCACUUGGCUUUCUGCUAAAGAUUUCCUCUCCGACGUAUCAAUAGCCCACGCACCACUCAGUUUGGCUGAAUUAUUGGAUACCAGGAGUGACUUAUUCAACAUCUAUGGAGAGUUCUACAAGAACAAUAACGUUCUGUUCAACAACGCCGCAAAGGGAUUGGUGACCACUGAAAAAAUGGACUUUGAAAAAUUCAAGUCGAUCCACGACGUUCUCAACACAUGUGGAGUCGCUUAAUAAAAAUAUUUAAAUACCUAUAUUUUGUAAUA